GGGGGGGGGGUUAGACGUAUUUGGGGUAAUGGUCAACUUAGAUUAAAAUGGCAAAGUUAUUUGACUGAAAGAGGUGUGAGAUAUGUUGCUUUUCCUAAAGAUUUGAGUAUUCGUUGGAAUAGUACUUAUAAAUUACUUAAAGUUGUUCUUAGAUAUAAAGAACAUUUUCCUGCUUUUUUAAAAGAACAUGAUAACUAUAUUAUAAACGCGGCUGAGAUCGACACUUGCGAAAAAAAUUGUGAUGUUUUGAUAUAUUUUUUUAAUGCUACUGAAACUUUUAGUCAUGUUUAUAAACCUACCGCAAACCAAUUUAUUCCACAAGCUGUUAAUCUCGCCGAUGCUUUUAAAGAAUUUCAAAAUGCCGUUUUCGUUCAUUAUUUUUGUGAUUAUAUGAAGGAAAAGUUUUUAAAAUAUUAUGCGCAUAUUCCCCAUAUUUAUGGUAUUGCAUUUAUUCUCGAUCCUCGUUAUAGACUUGCUAAUUUGGAAAGUUGUUUCAACUUCUAUUAUCUUGCGUUUUUCGGUGAAUUUCCAAUGUAUGAGGAUAACCCCAUAGAUCCGAAAACGGAAUACAACGAGGUUAGUACUUUAUUUUAUGCCUUAUUUAAUGAGUUUCGUUCACAAUAUGGCAACGCUCCCCCUCCCCCGCCACGAACAUCUUCAUCUAAAGGAAAAUCGAUUUUUAAAUCUGCAUUUGGCAAUCUUAUGAAAAAAACUAAAACAACUCACGUCACUGAACAAAGCGCAUUGAAUGAGAUUACUUUGUAUUUAACAUAUGAAGUUGAUUUUGAAGAAAAUGAUGACUUCGACGUUCUAGACUGGUGGAAGUCAAAAGAAAGAACGUUCCCGAUUUUAGCACGGAUGGCUAAGCAAGUACUAUCAAUGCCGGUUUCAACAGUUGCUGUGGAACAAGAAUUUAGUUCGGCCGGCAACGUCCUAACGGCAUC